ACACUUCCUCUAAACCGACCCAAUUACCAAUAUUCAACGCUUCCCCUCUCUCUCUCAGAUCUCUUCCCUCUCUCUGUCUCUCUCUCUAUAUAUACACCCAAUCUGUAUCUAUUUAUCUCACUGUUUCAUUAUAAAACCCUAGUCCCCAAUUCGGAACCCUAGAACUUACUAACACUAGCCAAACUCUUGAAUUUUGAGCUUCAUUGGAAUUGGAUUUCCUUUUUCCUUUUUCUUUUUUCUUUUUUUCAAUUGUUUUAAGUCAGUAGUUUGGAAUUUCUUGGAGGAGUGAUGGUUGAGAUUUGUAAUGGAGGGCAGUAGAGUGAUUAGCAACAAUGUCGAUGGUAGCAGAGAGAACUGUAGCUCUGCCGAUGGACGGCCGCCGAUUCCCAACUCCAUAGGCGGCCGAGGUGCCUACCGACACAGCUUCAACUCUAAUGGGACCACGCCUUUGUGCACUAAGUCCUUAGUUCGUCACCCAUCUUUGCAGGUGAAGAUCAGGUCCCCUGAUAUCUCAAUUGAACCGAGACUGGGUGGAGAUGAUGGUGAUGCUGAAUAUAUGCCCCUGCUUCGCUCAGGUGCAUGGGCAGACAUUGGUUCUCGCUCAAACAUGGAGGAUGUCUAUGUUUGUGCAGACAAUUUGAUGCAUGAUUAUGGGUUGAAUACUUUAAACAAAAGGCCUAGUGCGUUCUAUGGGGUUUUUGAUGGACAUGGAGGAAAGCAUGCUGCUGACUUUGCAUGCUAUCAUUUGCCAAGGUUCAUUGUUGAGGAUGAAGAUUUUCCACAGGAGAUUGAGAGAGUGAUGUCAUCGGCAUUUUUACAGACGGAUACUGCUUUUGCGGAAGCCUGCUCUUUGGACACAGAUCUUGCUUCUGGGACCACUGCUCUGGCUGCUAUUGUAAUUGGAAGCUCUCUGGUGGUGGCCAAUGCUGGAGAUUGCAGAGCAGUGCUUUGUCGCCGGGGUAAAGCAAUUGAGAUGUCAAGAGACCAUAAACCUGUUUGUUUGAGGGAAAGAAGGCGUAUUGAAGCUUCAGGAGGCUACGUGUAUGAUGGCUACCUCAAUGGACAACUCAAUGUUGCUCGUGCUUUAGGAGACUGGCAUAUGGAAGGAUUGAAAGGUCAAGAUGGUGGACCCCUAACUGCGGAGCCUGAACUUAUGAGCACAAAACUAACCGAAGAAGAUGAGUUCCUAAUCAUAGGCUGUGACGGCAUCUGGGAUGUGUUUAUGAGCCAGAAUGCUGUGGAUUUUGCUCGUAGAAGGCUUCAGGAGCACAAUGAUCCCGUGAUGUGUAGCAGGGAUCUUGUUGAUGAGGCUUUGAAGCGAAAGAGUGGAGACAACUUGUCAGUAGUGGUCGUGUGUUUCCAGCAGCAACCACCUCCCAACUUGAUUGUACCUCGUGGAAGAGUGCAACGGAGCAUUUCUGCUGAAGGGUUGAAGGAGUUGCAAAGCUUCUUGGAUAACUUAGAUAAUUGAGAUGAUCAUGAAAGCUUUUGCCUCUUCUCCUCUUUCGUGCCUCUGCCUCAAUUUGUUACCUUCGUAGUCUUUUCCUUAUUGUUCUUGCUUGAUGUUGAGAGAGAAUGUAAUUUCCAACUGUAACAUAUGCGGCUGUCUGACAUGUAUUUCUUUUCGCUUCCUUUUCUUUUUUUUGGUUGUUUUCCGUUUUCCUUUUUCGUAUAUCCUGCUAAUUGUUAUGCAGGCUAGGGUCGCAUUUGACAUUUGAAUUAAUGUUACCAUUAACUUACUUCAACAUAGUGAAUUGGUAUCUUGGUAGGCGGGUUUUUGCUUAACGCGAGCACGACGAAGUUGGUUACUUGCAUGAGAUCAUUCUUCCAUUAAGAAAUGAGCAGCUAUGGAUUCUAUUCUCCUCAUAUAUCAUCUCUAAGCAUUUCUUUGAAAGCGGCAAGGGCACUCCCGCUCGCUCUUCUAUUAUGUGCUAAACAGAGAAUAAGUCUACUUCUGACAUCAAACUUUUAUACUUAGAAGCUCGAGAACUCCGGAUGAAGCAAAGCAGAAAGUACUUUCAGGUCCUCAUGUAUUAAAGAACUGUUUAUACAUGUAAUGGUAGGAAAGAAUAAUUGGAUUGCACCCAAUUUGAUUCAGGACAAGGGGAGAGAAAUGAAGAAGGGGGCCAGAUAUGAAGAGCAAAAAGUACAGAAAAUUAAGAUUACAGGAUAAGAGAGUUAUGCUUUUCUGUCAAGAGCGUAAUGUGUAUUGCUAACCUCUAUUUCCUAGGCAUCUUCAAACUUCUAUCGUGUCUGGAAGUUAAAUACCUUGA